AUGCGGGUUGGCUUCCAGGCUAAAAACCGAAGCUGCGUUUCCUACGGCUCCAGUGCUCUGACGGAAGGGAUGGAGCAUCUUCGGGGACUUAUUUUGGAAGACGGCCAGAAUGGCACCGUCCAGUGCCCUCACAAUCAGUGCUGUUUUGGCAUUUGGAACCUGAUCGAGGGUCAACUCCGGGCCCAGCUGAAAGGUUGUUGGAUAAGCGAAAAGGAAGCCACGUGCGACUCGCCCACUUGUGAGACUCAGUCUUCUGAGGACACGUUCACAUUGUCCUGCAGGUGCCGGGCUGACCUGUGUAAUGAUAACAUCACGCAUGAAAGGAAGAGACAAGCUGACUCCUUGCGUAGUUCUACCGGGACCAUCUGGAUCAUCGCAACCUGCUUUGUUCUGUUCUUCCUUGGUUUCUUGGUGUUUGUAGUGCUAAGACUGUGGAAAGGCCCUGCAUUGCUGAUGAGACCAGAAGAAAUUGGGGAACUCACAAAGGUCACCACAGGUUUGGAGAAAGGCAGCGAGAGGAAACUGCCCAGACAAGAACUUCCGGGCCUCCAGUUCCAUAAGGUUCUUUAUGAAGGGCAGUGCUCUAAGCUGUGGCAGGGGACAUUCUGUCAGCAACCUGUGGCCAUCAAGACUUUUCCUCAUUCUUGCUACCGGCAGUUUGCGUCCGAGUGGGCUGUGCACAACCUUCCACUGAUGAGGCACGACAACGUGGUUCGGCUCUUGGCCGCUGGGUGUGGAGGGCCCGACAAAGAACAAGGCGGUCUCUUAGUGCUGACCCUGUAUCCAUUGGGGUCCCUGCGGCAUUUCCUUACCCAGCAUGUUUGUUCCUGGGAUACUGCUAUCCGGCUAGGAUCAUCUCUUGCCAAAGGCCUUGCUUUCUUACACGAGGAGCAGCGGAAGGACGGUCUGCACAAACCUGGAGUGGCCCACCGAGACCUGAGCAGCCAGAAUGUACUGGUACAGGAGGACAAGACUUGUGUCAUCAGUGACUUUGGCCUUGCCAUGCCUUUGCCGAUGUGCCAUGAGCGAUGGAAAGAGGGACCCGCAGAAGGCAUUGUCCGCAAGGCAGGCGCCCCACGCUACACUGCUCCUGAGAUUCUGGACGAGAGCCUGAAUUUGCAGGACUUGGGGUCGGCACUGAGGCAGGCGGAUGUCUACUCCCUGGCACUGGUGUUGUGGGAAACCCUGAUGAGGUGCUCCAUACUCUUCCCAGAAAACAGCGUCCCUGAGUUUCAGCUGGCCUAUGAAGCGGAGCUGGGUAGCACCCCUACGUACAGUGAGCUAAGGAGACUGGCUGUCGAGGAAAGGGGGAGACCAGCCAUCCCCCCCACCUGGAGAAGAAUGGGACAGGUUUCUGUCUGCCUACAGGAACUUCUAGAAGACUGCUGGGACCCGGAGCCAGAAGCUCGCUUGCAAGCUGAGUGCGCCCAACAGAGGCUGCAGAGGCUGGGCGCUGCAGAUGUGGCGAAAGAGUGCUGUUGAGGUCAAAGCGUGAUCGUGCGGUCCGCCACUUGCCUGGAUGUCGGGCCAAGAGUUCUUUUGCCUUCAGGGCAGGGCAACAGAGGCCGUUAAGGAAAGACCUUCCAGGCUGUAUAGGAUUUGAUCUGAACUUCGUCACAGUGGGAGGGAUGUGUCUCUUUGUGUUGUGCCACUUGAUGAACCUCUGCCCACUUAAUCAACUUGAAGUAACGCUAAGUAUAAAGCACUGCUAAGGAUUUGCACUCUAAUGCAGCUGAUCAAGUGAGCU